UUUCAACACUACUAUAUAACAAAUAAUUUUAGGAGGUACUAUGACAAUGACAGAAGACGCUACCACAUCAGCGCAGAAGCGCCCUCGACCAGAGGAGAUGGAGUUAGACGAAGAAGUGUCAGUCAAAAAACCCUCAUUCCCUCCCAUCUCACGAGAAAAGCUGAAAUCAGAUAAAACAGAGCUGAGGAAAGUACCGAUACCGCCACACAGAUACACUCCUCUAAAAGAAAGCUGGAUGAAGUUAUACACACCAAUAGUGGAACAGCUGAAACUCCAAGUCAGGUUUAAUGUGAAGACCAGGACAGUGGAGUUGAAGACCUCCGCGGAGACUGCAGAUGUGGGCUCCCUUCAGAAAGCUGCUGAUUUCAUCAAAGCGUUCACUCUCGGUUUCGAUAUUGAUGAUUGUUUAGCUUUGGUUAGGCUGGAUGACUUGUUUUUGGAAACCUUUGAAAUAUCUGAUGUAAAAACAUUGAAAGGAGAUCAUUUAGCGAGGGCGAUUGGACGAAUAGCAGGGAAAGGGGGCCGGACCAAGUUUACAAUUGAAAAUGUAACUAAAACCAGAAUUGUGCUUGCAGAUUCUAAGAUUCACAUUUUGGGCUCGUUUCAAAACAUGAGGAUCGCGAGAACGGCAAUUUGUAAUCUCAUUCUGGGAAGCCCUCCAGCUAAAGUUUACGGGAAAAUGAGGACUGUUGCCAGUAGAAUGUCUGAGAGGUUUUGAAAGUUUUUAAAAUCUAAAGCUUUAUGUAGUGUUAGUUUUGGAAAUUGUGACCUUGUUUUUAUGUAAUUUAUUUACGAAGUUGUGAGGGUAUUAUAAUUGAUAAUGAGGCCCUCACAAAAAAAACGUGCUACAUUAAAUUAUGUAAGCUAUGUCAGGGAAGCUAUUUCUAACUCAUGCCUUGACAUGAUCAAGUGAAGUUUACAGUAUAAGAGAAUUCUUGGUGGUGUCAUAAAUUUACAUCUGUGGUGUUGAAAGUUCUAAUUUAUUCACUAAGAAUUAAGAUCGAUAUUCUUUAUCCAUUUUACAUUUUAA